AGCAGCAUCAGCAGCAGCAGUGGACAAGAGGUGAGUGUGGAGGCUCUGCUGCCUUAAUAACAUUAAACCAUGUGAUCAGCUGGGAGAUUGAAGGCAUUCUCCCUGGACAGGGCGGUCUAAUCUGCAGAUUACUAUUCUAGAUUAUGCAGUGUGAGGGUAUAAUUCGCUGUAUCUUGAAAAAACAAAUCCGUGUUUUUCCCAGUAAUAACCGACUCAUCGCCUUGGCCCCUCUCCAGCCAAUGCGGGGCAGAAAGGAGUGGCAGAGGAGGGGGAGAGGAGGCGCUGCUGCUCUGUGUCUUUAAGUGGCUCCAGUCAAACACACGAGGAGGAGACGCACUGAACCUGAUCACUGUGGUACAGCGCGCUCAUCACAGGGACUCGGAUCUGCUCCUCAGUGACCGGGAUCUGGAUCUGGAGUCCGUUUAAUUGAAUUUUUUUUUCUACAUUUCUUUACCUCGAAAGCACAUGAUGGUUGUUUUGGCUCCUGGGAAUUUAGGAUCAAAGUGAAACUAACUAACCAUGAGGACGCACUGGGCUGUUUCAACCUCACUGUUGAUUUUACUACCACUAACAGUGUGGUGUGAACCAAUCAUUUUCCCCAAUGGGCCUCACAUUGUGGUUCCCAAGAGAGGAAAGCUGGAGCUGCGUUGUCAUGACAACUCCACCACGCCUGGCGCCACACCCAGUGUGAGGUGGCAGUGGGAGAGGGCUCGCAAACUGGAGGGAGAGGUGGAGGAGGGCGGAGUGGCCUACGUCAAGGUGCCUUCAGUGCAGGCCUUCCACAUGGGUCGGUAUGUGUGUGUGAACAACAGCACACUGGAACACAGCUCCAUCUAUGUGUAUGUGAAAGACUCCCAGAAUGCCUUUCAGCGCACCAUGGUAAAUGUUAUUCUAGUGCGUGCAGGUGAGAACUGCACCAUUCCAUGUCUGGUGACCGACCCAGAAGUCAGUCUCCUGGCUUUGGAGACCUGCGAUGGGAGACCUCUGCCCUCUGACAUGAGUUACCACAGCAACCCUCAGCGAGGUGUUGUCAUCAGUGACGUAAGAAAGGAAUACGAGGGCUGUUACGUUUGUGUGGGGCGACUUCAGGGACUCAAGGUGACGUCCAAUCAAUACACCAUGGAUGUACGACUGGUUCCAAUGUUGCCUCCCGUCAUCACCCUCUCCCACAAAGACACGGUCAUCUUGAAGAAAGGAGAGCACUUUGCACUGUCUUGCACCUCCACUAACGUCAACCCUGACUUCAGUCUGAGGUGGAAUUUCCCUUCAACAGCGCAUCCCGAGGAAUCGCAGGCCUCACACAUCUUGUCCGGUUCACAAGGUUAUCAACGAUCUACGUCGCUCUUAAUCCAAAGUGUCAAUCAGUUAGACUCGGGCACCUACCAGUGUUUUGCCCAUAAUGAGCGGGGAAGCAGUGAAACUGCUCUGCAGCUGGACAUCCGUGACCAGGGGUUCAUCACCCUGCUUGGAGCUCCAGGUCCAGUCCAGGCAGAUGUUAAAGAAGGUGAGAGCCUGAGCCUCAGAGUGGAGUUGGAGGCUUAUCCAUCACCCAAGUCCUGGUCCUGGUCGUACCACGGCCAACAGCUGCUUAAUACCACGGAGCACGUCAUCACUGUUCACCGCCAUAAAUACAGAUACAUCAGCGAGCUGAGACUGGUGCGGGUUCUCGACUCAGAGAGUGGAAUCUAUAGGUUCUCCGCCAAUCAUGAAGACGCAUCUGUUAAUCAUUUAUUCCACGUGUAUGUCAGCAGUAAGCCUGUCAUCACCGCCCAGGAGGGGCCUGUUGACGGACAGGUGCGCUGCACCGCUGCUGGUUAUCCAGUCCCUAAAAUCAGCUGGUAUUUCUGCGAGCUGCCCCACAUGAGGUGCUCACACUUGCCUAACGCCACUCAACUGGAGGCUGCAGAGGUGGCCGUGCUGACAGAGUCCACAUUUGGUAAAAGUGAAGUUGAAAGUCGACUGAACAUCACCAAGGAACUGGCAAACUAUCACACUCUGGAGUGUGUGGCGAGCAACGAGGGCGAAGAGGCCUACACACUGUUUACCAUCAGUGAACGCGUCAUUCCCCACAAACUGUUCACUCCACUUCUCUCUGGCAUGGUGAUGACUGGAAUCAUUCUCAGCCUCAUUCUGCUGGUGCUGCUGUAUAAAUAUGUUCAGAAACCCAAGUUUCAAAUCCAGUGGAAAGUCAUCGAGAGUAUCCAUGGCAACAAUUACAUUUACAUUGACCCCAUGCAGCUGCCGUAUGACUCAAAAUGGGAGUUUUCUCGGCAGAAACUUCGCUUCGGUAAAACCCUGGGCUCUGGGGCUUUUGGGAAGGUGGUGAGGGCAACUGCUUAUGGACUUUGCUCUGCAGAUACUGUCACAACUGUGGCUGUUAAGAUGCUCAAACCCAAUGCUCACGCCACGGAGAAGGAAGCGCUGAUGUCGGAGCUAAAAGUUCUCAGUUACCUUGGAAACCACGUGAACAUUGUUAACCUGCUGGGAGCCUGCACUGUUGGAGGUCCAAUUUUGGUGAUAACCGAGUACUGUUGCUAUGGAGACCUUCUCAACUUCCUGCGCAGAAAGAGAGAGUUUUUCCUUAAUUCCCAAGUUGGCGACGGUUUCUAUCGUAAUGUCUCAAAACAAAGUGAGCCCGUCAGAGAUGUGACUCGUGCAGGGUAUAUGUCCAUGCAUCCGUCUGAAAAGGAAAGGCCGACACAGUCAGAUGAUGUAGACGAUUUGUCUCUGGACGCCGAAGACCUGCUCAGCUUUUCCUACCAGGUGGCCAAAGGGAUGGAGUACAUUACCUCCAAGAAUUGUAUCCACAGAGAUCUUGCUGCCAGAAACGUUCUGCUGACUCAUGGCCGGGUGGCAAAGAUCUGUGACUUCGGCCUGGCACGAGACAUCACCACGGAUGCCAGUUAUGUGCUGCGAGGAAAUGCCCGUCUGCCAGUCAAGUGGAUGUCUCCUGAGAGCAUUUUUGACUGCGUCUACACCUUUGAGAGUGACGUUUGGUCCUACGGCAUCCUGCUCUGGGAAAUCUUCUCCCUGGGUAACAGUCCAUACCCUGGGAUGCAGGUGGGUUCAGCCUUUUACAGGAUGAUUCAAGAGGGCCACAGGAUGAGUCGGCCUCAGUUCGCUCCGGCUGAGAUAUAUAACAUGAUGCAGUCCUGCUGGAACCAUGAUCCCUUAAAAAGACCGUCCUUCAGAAAGUUAGUAGAAAGGACUGAACUCCUGCUGUCUGAAAAUACCAAGAAUGUUUACCUGACACUUAGCAAUGCUCCGGGUCCUUCAGAGCAGCAGGGGGUGCCAUCACGCAGGCUCAGCUCCGUCUGUAGCACCACGGCACCCACUCAGCCUUUACUGCAGAGCUCGACUGACGUCUUCCUGGACUAUGUCUGACACACACGUACAGUUACGUGGUACAGGCGUAUACACACUAAUACCACCUCCCUCUGCAUCACUCCUUCUACUGCACAAAGUUAAAACACACUGAACCAUAAAUAACACACUCACUCAAACUAACUUCCAAAUGUUGGCAUUUUCAUCUCACACACACACACACUGACACUGUACAUAUAUAUAUAUAAAUAUAUGUGUAUAUAUAUAAAUACAUAUACAACACUGCACUGAGCUCUACGUAUUGUCCUCUAUAAGUGUCCCCACUGACUGUAAUGACCAUUAGACCAGAUAUUUCAGGUGCAUGUCCAUUUAGAGCUGACAGCAGCACGAACCAUCCAUUAGGUCAGCAGUGGGAGACGAUUGGCUCAUAUUCAGCCUGACACUACGUCCUGUUACGCUUGAGCACAGCAGAGUUGUAGACUUGAAUACUGUGACCUCUCACUGGUGUACGUAAAAGUGUACAUGUACUACAGGGUUGCCUUAGUUUAGUCGGUGUUCAGCGAAGUUCCGUGUGGAUGUGACAGUGUUUUUACUUGAUUCAUGUCAAUCAUGUAUUCUCUGUAAAUACUAUAGAGAUGUGCCUUUAGACUUUUCUGUCCUGGAAACACUGAAUGCAUUGUUGUGGUGAGAAGAGUCCAAUGAGAGCUUUUGUCCAAGGUUUAAGGUUCUUGCUGUUUUGAUACAGUCGGUUGACUUGUGAUAAUAAAGUACCUGUGAUGGUAGAACCAC